UUUCUAGCUGGUUGCUGGGUGACUGUGCUUUCUGUGGCCUUCACUACUUGAACACAGCUGGACAGAGCAGGGAGUGUGAACGACUAUCAUUUCCUACAUUAAGAAACCAAAAUGGCCUCUGAGAAGUUGACACCUGAACCAUCCAGUGGUGCUCAGGACAGUCUGUUGGGGAGGCUGUUUGAGUUGCCUGUGGUGAGCUUCACUUAUGGUGUAGUUCAGAAGACUUACACCAACACGAAACAUACCCACCCACUCAUUUGUACAGUUUGUGAUGUGUAUGAGAAGGGUGUGAAGACAGCCUCCAGCAUUGUAGUGUGGACCAUCCAGCCUGCCAUUCAGAGGCUGGAGCCUCAGAUUGUAGCUGUCAACCACCUUGCCUGUAAGGGACUGGACCACCUGGAAGAGAAGAUCCCUGCUCUUCAGUUUCCACCUGAGAAGCUUGCCUCACAUAUCAUCAAAGUGGUUUCCAGCUCAGUCCAGACGGCCUCAGAUGCAGUGUUCCAUGUGAUGUCCAGCAGCUAUGAUCAGACAAAAGGUGUCAUGGAAGAUGCCACAGACUACAUUUUUAGCACCAGACCAGCUAAACUGGCUGCAGAAGGUGUGGAUGCAGCUUUGACGGUCACUGAGAGAAUUGUCAAUUACAUCCUGCCGGGCUCAGAGGAGGAGCAAGCAUGUGUUGCUGCCAGUGCUACUGAUGCACAGCCCAGCAGCUACAGGAGACUAGGGACUCUGGCGAGCACUGUGUUCAGACGAACCUACAACCAGACAGCCACAAAGCUUCGUAAGGCUCGGGCUCAAGGACAGGAGCUGGUCAUGUGGAUUCCUGGCAUAUCUCCCCUGACUGGCUUUGCAAAGAAAAACCUUGGAGUGGCUAGCAAUGCCCUCCAGAAUGCUCAGACUUCAGUUACAGAGUUUCUUCAGCGAGAGCUAAAGGAGGCUGCCAAGGAAAAGAAGAAGAAGAAGGAUGGUGGCAACAUGGAGCUUUCAAGAUUUCAUGAAAAGGAGCACAUGGAUAACACCUUUAAACCCAGAGUCACCAAAAGCCCAUUCUCAAGCCAGAGAACCUCGGGAGUGGAGUUUGGAGUUUCCAAAGGACCCGAUGGUCCGUCAGAUAUUGGAACAGCCCCAGCGGUAGAAAUGAUGAAAACACUUCAAGGCCUAGUUCAUCGGCAGUCGACCUCUACAGAGCAGAGCAGUGUGUUCUCAUCCAGUAAGAAAAUGACCAGUAAGACAAAGAAAACAUCGGCAUCCACAUUCACACAGUCUCUGCAGAGCAGCACCCAGGCAGUCUCCAAAAAGGACUGACUAAUCCCAGGACUUCAUCAGCUUUUUGUGCUCACCAAAAGGGUGAUGCAAGAGGCUGACUGUUUGCCUCCCCAUUCGACACAGCUUAGUAAAGCAAAAGGACACACAGCUGUAGUCAGUAUGUCCUUGUGGUGUUCACUGCACCUCAGUCUUUUCUCUUAUGCUUUCAACACAAAGUGCCACUUAGAUGUGUGCUAUCACACUAAAAAUUCAGGGCUACCCUCUUCAACAGUUGAUAGGUAUCUUAGUGCAAAUUCUCUGAGGUGAAGCUUUUAACCUUAUUCUGCUGAAAACUUGUAGAAAAUAAAAAGAGUGUGCAAUGGGUAACAUUGCCAAUUCACAGAAGUUGGACCCUUAUUCAGUUCCUUUGGUGAACAUUGCAUGCUCUGGGUCUCCAGUUUCUAAAGAUAUGUGGUUAGAUCAACUAGGGACCCAGGCUGGUCUAGCGUGUGCAAGUAUGCACUGUGGCAGGCUGUGUGGCCUGGUGGCUAAGGCACUGAAAUGCGAAACCACAAUUUUGCCAAUUAAGCACCCACUUACGAUACAGUGUGUGACCAAGAGUGGAUAACUAACCCCUUAACAAAUAGACAAUUAUUCUAUAACUGACAGUUUAGGACAUUGACUUGUCAGUAGAGGAGUUACAGUAUAUAAGGGAACAGCUGACUGCUAUCAUGACUAGUCCUCUUUAAUGGACUGUUUCCUGGCAUGUGCCCACUGAUAAUGUUGACAAUAAUUUCAGGCCUCCAUCAGACCCUCAACUUGAAAAAACAGUAUAAAAAUUAAUGCAAGAAAUCAAAUGUGUUCAAUAUUGAAAUCUUAGAGACCAAUGUAGCACAAUGCCAUUUGAGAUGUAUUUUAUAGUGUCAGUUCCCAUGCAGGGACUGUUCCUGUAUAGCACUCAAUGGUUGCUGGCAUUGGCUCCAGCUGUCCCACAAACCUACUCUAACUAAGCAGAAUUAGAAAACGGAUGUUAAGAGUCAAAUUCACAAGCACCAGUUACUGAGGAUCAUGUAGAAGUAAUGGCUCUUGUCUUGUCACCUGAGCUGUAGGAUUUGGCAACUCUUCCUUCAGUCCAUUUGACUCUUUAUGCUUAAAGGCACCAGAAACAUGACUGCUUUAAGGAUUGAGUGGCUGCCUGUCUUGCUUCUAUUUAGAUAUUACCAUUUAAAAAAAAGUUUGAAGCUGCUGCACUGUUUGAUUCUGCUAUCCCACUGGUGACAGAUAAAAAAUUAGAUUGUAGCAAAUGCCCUCAUUUUCUUGAGUUUUCCUUCAGUUUGUUUAUUCAUACAGCAAGAGCUUCAACAGACCUUUUAACAGCUACCAAUUCCUUUUCUAUGAAAUUGACCUAAACAUUGUCACCUGAUCAAGUCUGAUAUGUUCGAUCUCAUCCGGGCAGAAAAUAGUGCAAGACAUGGAACCAACUCUUGCUGGGAUGUCAGGACAUUAGCAGAUGCAAACCUGCAUUCAUGGAAUCACACCAGUGAAGUUAAGAGUUCCCAGACAUCCUAGUGCCUUUCCUUUUCACUGCAUGAAGCCUAGAAUGUCAACACUGGACUAUUACUAGCAUUAUAAGAGAAUGAUAUCCAAAUAAAUGGAGCAAAUCUUCAUUUAAAUAGCAGAUUAUAUCUAAAAGUAAGAAAAGAAGUUCAAAAGUCAAGUCAUUCUUGGAAUAUCCUCUUCAGUCAGAUAAAGAUAAUAUAAUGAAAAAGACAGUAUAGUUUGAACAACUGGUUUCAGAUAUCAAAGUCUUUUUUCCAUGCACCUGGAUUGCAUUAUUGUGUAAAUAUUUAGACUUACAUCUGGACACCAAAACAGCAAUAGACAACUGAAUCAUUUUAUAAAAAUGGCCUAAAAUGACAGAUGGGAAACAGGGCUAUCUUAACAGGAUCAUAAACCCCUGGGUAAAGUACUGCACUGGGUCCCUAUUUUAAUAGCAAAACAGAAACAUACACAGGCAUCAGAAACAUUGUGAGCCCCUUUUCCCCUGGAUCCCACUGUGCCCAUAUGUUAAGCUCGCCCUGAUGGGAAACAGAGGAAUAAGUGGAGACAUGGAGUACUGAGGUCCUACCAAUAGGCAAAGUUCACCUGCAGGUACCUCAGUCAUAAUCAAAUUAGAAAUGAAAACUGGUACACCUAAACAGGAUCAAAGGGACAAAGCACAAGAGAACCUAUGAGAGUAUGAGAAAGACAGGAAAAAAGGCAGUUAUGUCAGAUCAAGACGGCCUUCUAAAGUUGAGUGUCAAGAACUGGCCUGUCAUCUUUAAAUGUUCAUCCUAAUAAAGAAUGAGCUUCAGUGGAGUCACUGGUGCACAGCCUGGCAUUGAUAUCCAAAUACAGGAGAAACUUCUUAGAAAUAUUCAAGAUAUUGAGUUAAAAACAGUCUUUACAGAAGCAGGAUGUUAAAAGAACCCAUCCUCUCAGACAGUCUGCAAGCUUAAUUAGCUUCUUCUCUUUUAUUAAAUGAGCACCAGCUUUCUUAUCAGUGCACACAGGUCCAUUCUGCUGGCCUUUCAUCUGUUAUUCAAUUACUGGUUUUCCUAGAAUCAUUUAUUGCAUUAUAAACCUGCAAAUGGAAAGGAAAACUUUCAUCUGCCCUGUUUGGUAAUUAAAGAUCAGAACAAUUUACACAGGUAUAUGUGAGGGUUCUAGCCAAAGUAAAGAGCUAAUUAAUUUUACAAAUCAUCAAAGAUAGAAAUAGGAGAUUAAUACAUGUCAAUCAAAUCUGUGUGCCUUUGUCUAUUUCUCUACAAAAUUUCCAUUCCAACUGAUGCAUUGUUGCUAUUCUGCUAUGAGUUUAAUGCUCGCCAUUACUGCUGUGCAUAAACAAAUGGAUCACAUGGUUCCAUACUUCACUUUGCUGAAUUUUCUCUGAUUGUCCAGUAUUGAUUCCAUCAUGAGCUUGUUUUAUUUUUGUUUUUUUGCCCUUUGGGGUGGUAAUUUACACUUGACCACUGUAGGUAUCAUCAGUAAUAAGUCUGUGCUUACGUCUUUAUAGUGUCUUACCCAUUAUCUGAAACCACUAAGCCCCAAAGAAGGCACCUACAUAUGCAGUUCCUUAAAGCCGAAUAUGAAUGGCAAUGCAGGGAUUUCCUCUUUUGAAAAAGAAUUCAGUUACUGCACCUUGUUAAAAUGAUGUGUCCUUGUCAGUCACUGAACUAAGAACGUGUCACCAAGACAGCGACAUAUCAUAGAUGAACCUAUUAGUUACAAUGUUACACAUACAAUACUGUUAUGUAUUUCUUAGUAAUUUCAAUCGGCUUGGUAUAAUACUUGUAAACUGAAAUAUUUUAUGUAUCCCACAGUUCCAAUUUAACAUUUGUCUGCAGAUUAAUCUUUAUAUAAGCAUGUAAUGGCAAGGAACCCAAACGAAAGAUUGGUGAUGGGGCCAUUACUUACCAUUCUGUAUAGUGAAUGGGGGAAAAUACUAAAUCCAACAAGAAGGGUAAACAUCAGUACAGUACUGCCAUUUUACCCUCCAGAUUACUUUUACUAAUUUAAGUCAAAAGGAAUACAGCACUCAGGCUAGACUGAAACUGCUGAUAACAGUUAAAAAAAAAACAGAACCUUUUAAAUACUUUUUUAUCGUUCUUAUUUUAAGUAGAUAAGAACGUUGAACCCUAAUUCCAGUGUUAAGUUUUAAAUGUGAAAACAAGUUUAUAAUGCACUUCUGUUAACUCCUGACAAACCCACAGACAGGAAGGAUUGUACACUAACACAUUUGUUUUGUUUUUGUGAGUUUUUUGAUUUGUUUUUUUUAGCAAAGGUGAUGUCAUUUACUUUGUACUUAAGCGGUCCUAUGAUUUUUACAUUUCUUUUGCAUUGUGGGCAUUGCACUUGUUAUUAGCAGUAUUUAUAAACUGUAGAAAUAAUAUCGCUCUUCUCAAGCUGCCCUUUUCCAGUUUUGAAACAUGUCUUUUGUAAAAGACAGCCAAUGCCAGUUCCAGUCAUAAUAAACCAAUUUUAGAUGAAAAAUAAAAUGUUUCCCUUUAGAAGGUUUAAUGUGCCAUCUGACUCAUAGCUUUGGUAUGUUCUCCAUUAACAACAUUACCAUUCUUUGUCCUUUAUUUUUACUGGGUUUUUUUUUGUCCUUUGACUUAACUAAAAUGGGUGAGCUUUUCAAGCAAAAUUCUGUUUUUCUUAUGGUGUAGCUACAGUUCAUUUCUGGAUAUUCACUACCCAUUUUCCCAAUGACUCACUGCAUGUCUGUGGUCCAAAAGCCAUUUGUGUGCCUGCUUUAGGUUGCUACCAGGAGACCCCAAGUUGAAAUUUCAUCUCAAUCUGUUUUGUUCUUUGUGACUAAAUACUGUUUUGCUUUUUUUCAAAACCUUUCUGUAUAUUAUGACUCUUCUGAAAACAAAAUAUUCAUCAUUUAAAGCUUAAACCUCCCAACCUCAGCAUGCUAUUUUUGGUUGUGUAAAAAAAAGAAAAAUGUAAUUAUUGUUGUCUGCAAUUUAGACUAAAUGGAUUCAAUAACUAAUGAAUAAACCCAGGGUCUCAAUUAUCAUUUUAAAUUUUGAGGGUUACUCAAAACACCAUGCUAAAUAAAAAAUAAGGGCAAUCCUUUAAGAUCAGGUCCAAAGAGGGUCAGAAGAUAUUAUGGCAGCACUGAGCUCAAGGAAGGAGCCAACCCAGGAUUGGUUGCCAUCACAGUACAGACAUAUGUAUAGCUGCACUAUCACAGGGCCAUCUUACUAGCAUCAUAGACCCCUGGGCAAAGUUUUGUGCUGGAGCACCUGCUUUGACAGCAAAACAGAAACAUACCUAGGCAUCAGAAACAUCGUGGGCCCAUAUGCUCCAUUAGGACGGCCCUGCUUAUCGUUUACACUAGUUCACAAGUUUCCUUGAUCUGCACAUGUCUGAGUUGUAAGUGGAAACCUCCACACCAACAGCAACCAGACUGGGAUUUGAACCCAGAACUCUAGAACUGUGGUAGAGCAGCCACUAUGUGUUUGCAAGAAAAAAGACAGCCUAUCUACAAAAUGAUUUCAAUUCACCAAAACAAAACUCAGUAUCUUCCUCAUAACAACCUUCACUAUCAUUUUUCUAAUGCCACUUUACAGUUGUCCAUUUGUUGUUGGCAUUUG